AUGACAGAUUAUGAACAAGAAUUAUUAGAUGAUUUAGAUAGUUCUAAUGAUGAACAAGAAGAGUUAGAACAGACAGAUAAUCCACAAGAAGAAGAAGAAGAUGGGGAUGGGGAUGGGGAUGAGGAUGGUUCUAUGGAUUUUAAUAUUCAAUUACAACAAUUAAUUGAAUCCAAUUCUUCUAAUAUUAUUAAUGAAUUUGAUAAACUAGAUAUUGAAACUAUAAAUGAUGAAGAUUUAAUUAAAUUAUCAAAAAUUUAUCCUUUAAUUCCUCAAUUAAAACAAAAAAUCAUUCAAUAUUCCAAUGAACAAGAAUUAGAUUAUUUAGAAUUAAUAACAUCAACCACCACCACUAAUAGUUCUUCUUCUUCUUCUUCUAUUUAUGACAAUUAUGGUGAAAAUUCUCAAGAAUAUAAAUUCAUUUUAUUAAUUAAUGAAUUAUCAACAAUUAUCAAUAAUGAAAUUGAACGAUUUCAUACAUUAAUUAAAUUGAAAUAUAAUUUAAUAUUCCCAGAAUUAGAAUCAUUAAUAAUCAAUAAAAUUGAUUACAUUAAAUUAAUUAAAAUUUUUAAACAAGAUUUAUCUAAUAUAAAAUCAUAUGAAUCACAAAUGAAAUUGAUUAUUGAUAAUGAAAAAGUAUUAGUCAUUAUAAUGGCAGCAUUACAACAACAAGUAUCAACCAAUACUAAUAGUACUAGUGGUCUAUUAUCAAAUCAAAUUAUGAAUAAAAUUUUAAUAGUCAUUGAUAUUAUCGAACAAUUGAAUGAUUUAUUACAAUUAUUAUCGAAAUUUAUAUCUGAUAAAUUGGCCAAAUUUGCUCCUAAUGUAUCUGCCAUAGUUGGUCCAAUAACAACCUCCCAAUUAUUAAUUGCUACUGGAUCGUUAAAAAAUUUAGCAUUAACACCUUCAUGUAAUAUUGCUUCAUUAGGAAUAAGAGAUUUAUCCACGAAAAAGAAAACCACCACACCAAGAAAUUCUAAUAGUAAAAAUGUUCGACAAACAGGAUAUAUUUAUCAUAGUGAAUUGGUUAAAUAUAUCCCAAUAGAUAUAAUUCGAUCAGUAAUGAGAAUAAUCAGUGGGAAAAUUGUUUUAGCAGCAAGAAUCGAUUCAUCGAAAUCUAAUCCAAAUGGUGAAUUAGGCGAAACUUAUAAACAAGAAAUAUUGACUAAAAUUGACAAAUUAUUAACUCCACCUCAACAAUCAAUUGAUAAAUCAUUACCUAAACCUAUUGAAAUGAAAUCUAAAAAGAGAGCAGGAAGAAAAUAUCAAAAAUUACGAGCAAAAUUUGAAAUGUCAGAAUUAAGAAAAGCUCAAAAUAAAUUACAAUUUGGUAAACAAGAAGAUACAAUAAUGAAUGGAUUAGGUGAAGAAAUUGGAUUAGGUAUGAUAAAAUCAGGUGGUGGUGGUGGUAAUGGAGUAUCUAUAUCAUCAGGAAGAAUUAGAAAAUUGCCCACCACCACCACCACUAAAGGUGCUAAGAGUAAUCUUAAUUUAUCGAAAAAUAUGAUGAAUCGAUUGAAUGAAAAGAAAGAAAUUAAUCCUAUUAAAGCAUUUGAUGAAUUUAAUCUUGAACUGUUUUUCAAACCAGAAAAGACUACAAAUAUAACUGCAAAAACUAAUACUAAUACUAAUACUAAUAUUAGUGCUGAUAAUAAUAACAAUAAACUGAUCAAUUCUAAUAAAUGGUUGAAUGGAUUUACCAAUAAAAAAUGA